GUAGGAUCCAUGACGGUGUUGGUCAAGCCUUCUGUCAGGAUAUAAACAAGGAGUCAGAGAAGCAGAUACUUGAAAACAGGUUCAGAAGACUCACUGGCGAAUCGGAGGGAUACAGGGGCACUGGUGAUAGGAAAUGUAAACAGGAGUCCUGGAGACAACAGAAUGAGGACACAGAAGUUAGAGGUAUUCAGGUAAGUUAACGUUACUUUUCAGCAAUCGGGAUGCUUCAGGGAUUCAGAAGAUCACGGUGAGAGUCUGUUCCUGUUGGAGGCUUGACGCUGAACUGGGGUUAUGGUGAGUGAUUUAUAGUACGCGUUGAUGAGGUUGUUAAUAGUGAACAGGUGUGUUAGAUUAGUAAUCCGGGGAGAGUGAUCGUUGAGUGGAGGGUGGAAUCAAGCCUGGUUGAUCUCUCACAAUAUAAGGUAGACCUAAAACUCUACAAAUGACAAAAUACAAAUGAAACAGAGGAUUUAAAUAUGGCAAUAACCCUUUCUAAGAAAACAACUACAGAGAGAUUAACAGCUUAUACCAAAUCAAAAACCGAUAAAGCCACACUUAAUCUUUACAGUGUAUGCUAAAAGUACAUGUCUUUCAAAUAAUAUGUAGAAUCACUUUUUCAAAGUCUCAAGUCACAUUCAAAACCCUCUCUAACAGAACAGUUGUGUGAAUACAAAUAUGGUAGGAUAAGUUUUACCACAGGGUCCACACUGAGCUGAAAACUGUUUUACUACAGUUCUAUUUGCACAAAUGAAAGCAGGUCUCUCUUUAAAUAUUUAGAGAGAAGAGUGAUUAUAGGGCACAGGUGCAGCUGUGCUUUCACCUGUUUUAUAGAUAAGGUGAUCUGUAAUGUUUCAAACAGAAGGCUACUCUGGUGGUCUCCAGUGUUACACACUGACCUUCAUUCAGUUUGCAAACAAAACUUUGAUAAAAUAGGUUUGGCAGCAUGGCAAGCUCACCUCAAAGUGUGAAUUAGAGUUGCGGCUUUGUUCAAACACACACAUAUUAAAAAAGUAAAUGCUGCCACACAUAAAAUCUAAUUUUGGUGUAAUAAUAACAACCCAUUGUAACCAUUAUUAUGAUAUCAUAGCAUGCACUAACUAAGCUUCCAUCCAAGGAUUUAUUGUUUAAAAAGUUUUAGUGCAUCAAAAUAAAGCUCAUGGAAAUGCAAAUUACAGCUAAAAUUUCCUAAGUGUCGACAUCAUAUUUUUCUGUUUAACUCUAGUACAUAAACACUAUGUCGAUACUUAAAAUAUAACGAAAAACACUGUAAAACAGUUAAAGGAUGGGCAAGGAGGAGGCGAGAACCGGCUUGUCAACAUAAAUAAUAAUUUAAUAAGAAACCUAAAACACAACAUAAACAAACACACAUGCGGACAUGCCCGUAAUUCUCUCUCUCUCGAACAAUCGUCACCGGCCGCCUUUAUCCCUCGCGAUAUUCCGACCCGGUCCAGCCCCCCCUCCGCUCCACAUUCCUCCCGGCGUUAUCUCAGGCCGGGGUGCCACCGGCAUGACUUACACCCCCCCAUCCCUGGGGCGGGGUGUGUCUCGCGUGGUCAUCCCCACCUUCCUAGCCCUGGGAGGAGACAGAAGGGGACAAACAACAACAAAAUAGGCGAACAUGGUGCGAAAGGGAGAGAGAGAGGAGAGAGUAAAAGCUCACUCACCGGUUCUCCGAUGUACCGUCGCGUGGUCCUCGAACACUCCUCCACACUCAGGCGGACGACAGCCACUCCAACCCCAGGCGAACCGGAGUGAAACCUUCGACCCCAGCGGGCAGAACGCGCCUCCGCUUUCCUGGCAGCAAAUGGGGACACUCCUCCGCCCCUGGCAGCGGCCCUACCGCUCUGGGCGGUCGGAGAGUUUUUCUCUCUCCUCUCUCUCUCUCUUUCGCACCGUGUUGGCCUUUUUCCUCGCCUAUUUUAUGCCGCUGUCCCCGUGCUCACUGAAAUUAGAGACAGGUGUUAGACAUAAUUUAGCUCAGGUGUAAGCGCCCUUACCGCUUUUCUCUCCCGGACGGGCGCUUGACCACGCUCCCGCUGCCACAGCAUAGAAGCUGCACAACGCAUAGCACAAAACUCAACCUCCCAAAUAAUGCUUGGUCAAAUGGCAUAACACUUAUAAACUAAUUAUUUAUGUGUGUCUGAGCCUGCUUGGCUGAAUGGCUUAAACGUGUAGUGACCGGACUCAUAAUGUGCUCCUGGACCUGGAAAGCCCAGAGCUUGUGACUUAGCCUAGCUAUGUGUGGAUUUAUUUAAAUCAAUAACCUAAAAUUGUGAUGUGUGCCAGUGCCUGAUUUGGCUACGGCUUACAUUGACAAAGACGCGCUUUUAUGUGUCUUUGCCAAAAGCAAACCAUACUGUACAAUCUGAUAGAAGAAAAAAUCCCCAGCAACCAGCUGAGCUCUAAAUGCAGUUUGACAGGAAAAGAAGUAUAUGUUGAGUAAAAUGUCAGCACUUUCAAAAUCUGCGCUUAAUCGUGAUUAACUAUGAAAUAUCAUGAGAUUAAUCAUGAUUCAAUAUUUUAAUUGAACAACAGCACUAAUUAAAAUACACACUGUUUCAAAAGUAUAGUCACAAGAUGUAAACUUUACACAUGUUAACAUGAGGUUAGUGUGAUAAAAUGAGGGAUUUACUGGUGUUAUGACGUUAACCACAUUGCAGGCUUUACUGGUGUUAAGUCAUUAAUACUGCAUGUGACAUUGGAAAAUACACAUGAGUUUAGCAAGUGAUUUUAUCACAAAAUAAUUCACUUUAACAUGGAUAAUGUUUACAUCUUGUGGCAUACGUCCAGUGGACUGGCCCCAUUCUCUUCCAUUGAAUGUACCUUAAUAUAACUGCAAUUUAGGGUUUUAUUUUUAAAUAAACAAGAGACAUGCUAAAAUAUAUUUUUUGUGGUAAUCAACAUUAUGCCACAAAGGCUGUCGAUUGUUGACUCUCUCUCUCUCUCUCUGGUCCUUUUCUUUCCUCAAAACAGUCUGGUGUCACAGCUGGCUGGCUACCCUUUCCAUCUCACACCCCAGUAUUUCCAGGCAGGAGCUCUUCUGUGGACUGUCUCUGUUGUCUCUGAUGGAUAUACGACAAUUUUUCUUGUCGUGCAGGAGUAGAUCUGCAAAUGAGCAACAGUCAGAAAAGUCAGUGCAAAAAGAGAAUGAAGUGGAGGCAGAGCAGAUUGAAGAAGGCACAACAGAGAAAGGGCAAGAUCAUGAUCCAGUACAGGGACAGAGAGAGCAUGAAGAAGAGGAAGACAUGAGUCAGGAGAGAGAGGACAGACAUACAGAGAAAGAAAUGUCAGAUGAAGCACAUACAGCAGCUGCACCUUUAGAUCAGUUUGACGUUGGCGAAAACGACACAGGUCCAAAACAGGCAACAUUACACACUUAUCCCCAGGAGAACUUUGGCUUACAAAAAAGAUAAUUCCAGCCAAACUGGUUUCAAACUUUUGCUUGGCUUGAGUACUCACAGAAGACAGAUUCUGCCUACUGCUUUGCUUGCCGUGUCUUUGGUAAAAACUUGAAGCAUGAUGUAUUUGUGAGUAGUGGAUACAAAAACUGGAAAAAGGCACUCAACGCAUUUCACAAACAUGAGGGGACUCAGUCACACAAGGAUUGUAUUCUCUCCUGGAAAGGUUACAAGGCUAGUGCAUUACAGGGAAAUGUUAUACAGCAGAUUGAAGCAGCAAAUGCUGAUGAAAUUAGACAAAGAAGGGAGUAUAUGCGACGUGUUGCGGCUGUGACCUGCAUGUUGGGGAAGCAAGGGCUACCAUUAAGGGGUCAUGAUGAAACAGCAGAAAGUCAUAAUAAGGGCAACUUCUUGGAAUGCAUGGGGCUUUUGCAGAAGUUUGAUCCUUUCUUGCAGCAUUACACACCUCCAUCAAACAGCACCUAUCUCUCCCCUGUCAGUCAGAAUGAAAUGAUAGAGUGCUGCUCAAAAGAGGUGACAGCAACUUUGAUCAAAGAAAUGCAUGAGUCAAAAAUGUUUGCCAUUAUGGCAGACGAGGCCAGAGAUGGACACACUGAACAGCUAGCAAUUUGUGUGAGGUAUGUCACUGAGGGAACAGUUAAAGAGAGAUUCCUGUCCCUGACAGAGCUGAGAAGUUUCGACGCAAAGUCAAUAACAGAAGCAUUAGAGAGAAAAUUACAAGAAGAAGGAAUUGCUCAAUUGAAGUGUGUUGCUCAGACAUACGAUGGAGCUGCAGUUAUGAGUGGAGCAGCUGGAGGUGUUCAGUCUCUUUUCAGGGAGAGGCACCCUGAGGCUAUAUAUGUUCACUGUUAUGCCCAUGAGUUGAAUCUCGUCUUGUGCCACACCUGCAGAGGGAUUACUGAGGCCGCAGAGUUCUUUAGUCUGCUGGAAAGUCUGUAUUCAUUUUUCAGUGUUUCCCUGGUCAGCCACCACAAGUUUAAAGAAGCACAAACAAAAUUGGGAUUGCAACCAUGUGAACUGGAUCUCCUAUCUGUAGUGGCAGGCUUGCACAAAUAUCUCCAAAAAGAGACCAUUGACCUUCCCCAAGCAGUUGCAUACAAAGAUGCUGUGUCAACUUUCUGGCCAGAGACAGAAGAAAAAAGGAUGGAGGAUUUUGUUGUUGAAACAACUUAUGGUGCACAUAGGAGAAUCAGCACAGAUGCCGAACAAGUCAAAACAAAGUUACUAUAUCCAUGUCUGGAUAGAAUGAUAACUGAACAGGAGAACCGUUUUUCUGCUGUAAAUGCCACAUUGCUUCAAGGUAUUCAAGCAAGUAGCCCAGUGUCUGAAAACUUCCUGUCUGAGCCACAUUUAGAAGAACUAGCACACCACUACAACAUUGAUUUGAAGACAGAGGAAGUCAUGGUAGCAAGGCACUUUUUGACACGUAAAAAGCAAGCUGGUGCAGCUCCACAGGACAUGGUUUCACUUUAUAACCUGCUGGAUUCUGAAAUGUUUCCGUCACUGAAAUCUGUCAUCCAGGUUGCCCUCACUGUACCUGUUAGCAGCUGUUCGUGCGAGAGGUCUUUCAGUGCUCUUCGUCGUCUCCGCAACUGGCUAAGGAGAACAAUGGGUCAGAGCAGGCUCCAUCAACUGGCAGUUAUGGCCAUCGAGAAAGAUGUCAUUGAGCAAUUGGAGCAUGAUAAAAUAAUCAACAGGUUUGCUACUCUUAAGGAGAGAAGACACAGGUUGAUGCUCCCAAUGAAAGACCAGUAACUGGGCUGCAAAAACUUUGUCCCUGCUUCUCACAGGCUGCUUCAUUUUCGCUUGUUUUUCAUUCUUUCUGAUAGUUAACCACAGCCCCCUCUUAAUCCAUUGUCCAGCCUCAUACCUGUGUUGUUUAUAUUGCUGAAAUGGAUAGUCAAAGUUUAUGACUUUUAUGUUAUUUUCUGGUUAAAAUUUUAUUUUAUUUUGUCAGAAAAAUUCAGUAUCUAAGGUUUGUAUGUGAGCAUAGAAAUGCAAACAGUAAAAUGUUGUGUUUGUACUGGAAACGU